GUGUGUUCUCCGCGGGUAACGUGGAAUCAAUAAUACACCUCCAAGGUUAUCGUCGGCAUCUUCCAGUGAGGCCCAAGUCACCUGCAUGGUAAAUAACGUAAUCGAAGUAUGUCUCUCUCGCUGUUCCCCGACAACAAGACCUUUUGAUACUUCUAACCCCAAGAUGCCAUUUGGGAUAAUUAUUAUGCAGGAAUGGUUUGUUAGCUUUUCUGAUGGCCGCGUUGGUUGGAUUGUUGGGUAUGAAUGACUUUUUCAAAAGUGCAAUGUCCACAUGUAGGUACAUGGACAGAAAAGGUAUUGCUUAAGUGAAGGCUUUAUAGCUGGAAGGGUUCAAGUUUUUGUCCAGCCGAAAUCGAACAUCUACUGAUCUAAGCAGACAUGAGAAUAUCGAUCGUUCAAUGCGACUGUGAUGCCGGGAAACAAGUUGGUGUGCUAAGAAGCAUAGAAGUUCGUGACAUCGAAUCGCUGAAGACCAGUAUACGGAGACAAUAUGGUCCGAUAUGGAAGUCCCUUGUUCUCUUAAGAAUCCAGGGAAAUGGCUAUACCUUAUUGUUACUAGCCGCACUCCAGUUAUUGGGUGCCUAAUACGAGUCUUGGGGAGGGGGGAAAGAUUGAUCUUAUUCUGAGUCAUCCAGCUUAUGCAAUCUUGCGCAAAACUGUCCUCAGGAUCACUGGAAGCAUGAUCUAGCUGCAACAUCAUCGGUAGAAUACAUAUUACCAUAAGACAUUGCUUGCUACCAGGAUGCCCUCCACGAGUGAGAUUAAAGUGUUGUCUCAAGAGCCGGCCGUCGAAAUCGUUUCAACUCGGCCGCAAAAGUUGAUUGAGAUCGUGGAGCCGGAUCCAACAUGGCCGGAAGCGUUUGCGAUUAUUGCACGCCGGAUCGCUGGCUCCCUUGGCAAUCGACUUCUUUCUAUUGAGCACGUCGGGUCAACCAGCGUGCCAAGUUUACCAGCCAAAGCGGUUAUCGAUGUUGACGUCGUUGUUGCUGAUCCCACGGCAGAAGACUCCUACGUGCCCGCCCUUGAGGCUGCGGGCUUUCAGUUCUUGCUUCGCGAACCUGGCUGGCAUGACCAUCGCCUUUUCGGUUCCAAUGAACCAUAUGCGAAUAUCCAUAUAUUCGGUCCGAAUAGCGCGGAACUCAUUCGCCAUCGACUGUUCCGUGACUGGUUGCGCAAUCAUGAGGACGACCGCCAAAGGUAUGCAGAUAUCAAACGGCAGGCAGCUGCCGCUAGUCGAUUGGCUGGGGAGACCGUGAUGGAAUAUAAUGCCCGCAAGCAACCCGUGGUGCUUGACAUCCUCCAGAAAGCUCUCAAGGAGCACGGGUACGUGGACGAUUAAAACCCCGACGAGUAAAGAGAUACAUCAUUAGAUAGGUUGCUGUUUUACUGUGGAAAGCAAUGAACGAUGAGGUUGGUUGGAGCGCAAGCCGGUUCUUCGGUCUCGUUUGGCUGGUACACAUAUUCAUAUAUAUCGAAGAUUAGGGAACUAUAUUUCAAUUUUGAAUCGCGUACGGGUAAUCUCUAGUAAGUGAAUUAGGUGAGAUGAGAAUGUAUCUAACAUGUCGGAGGUAAAUCAACGUCCGACCGGCGCAUGGACUCC